UCCAAGAUGGCGAAACGAGGUGCAGGCAGCGAACUGAACAGAGAUAACUGGGACGACGACGACGAAAUAGAGGAGGCCGGAACGUUCACUAUAGCCAGUGAAGAAGAUCUAAAUAAGCGCAAGAUCAUCAGGGCUCGAAGAAGAAUACCAUCGGAUGCAAAUUCUAAGUCUUCAGGAGUCUUCCAAAAGUUUAAAGGUUUUUCGGGAUUUUCUGGUUUGUCUGGCUCAUCAAGUACUACAGACGCUAGCAAAUCUUUACCAGGAUUCGGUUCUUGGGGAUCCACUACAUCUAAAACAGAAACAACGACAGCAACAACUAUUGCUGGAUUCACAGGAUUUGCUGGUCUAUCUGCUACCAACAGCAUAUCAUCUUCUUCUAAGGACUCAUCGAUAGCAUCAUCAUGGUCAACAUUCAAUGGAAACAAAGAUUCUGAAAAGACAGAAACUUUAGAUGAUACACCGAAUAAUGCCUAUCUUGAAAAUAUCAAAGCCUUGAAUAUCGGUGUUCUAGCCUGGAUCAAGAAACAUGUAGAGGAAAAUCCAUAUGUUGAUUUAAUGCCAGUUUUUAAAGAUUACCGCAAGCACAUGGACGACUUAGAAAGUAAAGCAACGCCAAACAAGGAUUCCCCAGGUAUUAAGCCAUUGCCGUCCAUAACGCCGCCAUCGUCAUCUGGUAGCAAAGUGGUUAGCUCAAAUGAACAGCAAGUUAGUAGUAAGAGCUUGGACUUUAAGUCUUCUGUUGUUCCUGAAGUAAGGAAUGAAGAGAAGCCCUUUGCUGGUCUUGCUGCAGCUGCCAUGGCGUCAAAAGAUAAUGGAAAUGAUAAAGCAGAGAAUGAAGAUGAACCUAGUGAUGAACCUCCAAAGCUAAAAAGUGUCAUUACUGCUGAAGAGGGAUCCCAGUUCUCUGUGCGAUGCAAACUAUUCUUUAAGCGCAACAACGCCUGGUCUGAACUUGGCGUUGGCAUGCUAAACCUCAAAGACAAAGAUGAUAAAUCCCAGCUUCUUGUACGUGCCGACACUGCAACAGGCAAAAUAUUGCUUAACAUAUUCAUUGCACCCUCAAUGCCAGUGACGCGGAGUGGCAAAAACAAUGUGAUGUUGGUCUCGAUACCCAACCCUCCCCUGUACUCUAAGCCGAGCGAAGGAGAUAAUGAGAAGCCAGCUACAUAUUUGAUAAGAGUUAAGACAGCUGAAAGUGCAGAUGACCUUUUUAAGAAGCUGGAGGAAAGAAAAUGAAGCUAAUAUAUUCAAUUAUUUUUUUAUUUGUUAUUUUAAUCUUCAAGAAAUUUCAUUUGAAUAUUGUUAAAUUUUGAUAUUGAUGUGUUAAAAUCUACCAGUAUUAUUUUGUAAAAGGAUGAAUGGAUUGAAAAAUUAAUCCAUUUUACUCAAAUAGUUUCAUUCAUUUCAUUUACUUUGAGAAGCUUAACUUAGUACUUCAAAAAAAUGAUUUUAUUUGAAUACCAUUCAGACUUUUCUACACUUUUCAGUUGAGUUUGGUGCAACAGGCGUUUUGUUACAAAGCAUUGUUAAGAGUGGAAUCUCCAUGUUGUCAGCGGCAACAUCAAACUUAUUCAACCGGCAAUAAAGCUUGGGUACAGCGAUUAUCAGAGAUGUUGAACCUGACAACAUACAGAUUUCAUCAACAAAACGUCAUAACAUAACUCCUGUCAUGCCAAACUCAACUGAGAAGCAUAGUACAGGGUUCGUGCUACUCCUUAAACUCAUCGAAAACUCCUUGAAUUUAAUUCACGCUUUCAAGGGCACUUGAAAAGCUCUUGAAUUUUUGCGAUUUUAGCAAAACUCCUUGAAAACUCCU